AUGGUUAAUUCGAAAACGAAUUUACUGACGACUAAACAUGAAAUUGAGACAGGUGACUCAAGCGAAGAAGAUCCUUUUGCUAGUUCUGACUUAGACUUGGAUCCAAUAUACACACCUGGUAGUUCAACUGAAAGUACUUCAGACAGCAGUCAGUCUACAGUAGUGUCCUCUACACAGAACAUCUCGGAGCCAGGUCCUUCUUCAGGCCAGAUUAUAAAUAAUAAUACAGAAACCGUAUCUACAUCUACGUCACGUAAACGCAAAAGGCUUCCAUCAACUUGGAAACGCAAUCAACAAAGGAGCCUCAACUUUCUGGAAAGGAACAUCUUUCUCAAAAAGAGAUUCAAACUGUCUUUAUGUGGUAAGUGCUGUAAGUCUGAAUAUAUUGUAAAUCACAAUUGUGUUAUGGAUACUUAUCCCAUUUGUGAUACUAAGAAAUCCGUUUCUAGCGAGCACGACUGUGGUGAAAACACCGAUGAAGUAGACUUUAGUGAUGGUUCUCCGGAUUUGCAUAAACCAAGCGAUAGCUCAGAGGAAAGCGAUGAAUCUGAUAAUAUGGCCAAUGCUAAAAAAUCAAGAAAUAGCUCAAGAAAACAUAGAACCGCUCAAAAAGAUUUGGCAAAAAAAGCGAUGCCUAUAUUAUCGAAACAGGAGAAUAUAAAAAAGUGCCGUCUGAGGGAAGAGGCUUACAUAAAUAGAUCAGGGAAAGCUAUUGGACAGAAGAGACCGGAAAAUGUAGAUUGCAGCAAGUGCAAAUUUAAAUGUGCAUAUAGUUUCACUGAGGAGCAACGUAUUGCUAUAUGUGCUGAGUACUGGGCUUUUGGAGACACGCAAAAACAGAAACAAAUGUUGUCUUCACUGAUAACAACCAGCGUAGUUGUACGUCGACGGACUCAAGCUACCAAACCAAAGCAACAUUCUUACAAGUACCAUUUAAAAACUUGUGGGGGAAAACUGAUUCGAGUGUGUAUGAAGUUUCUAUGCAAGACAUUAGCAAUAAGUCACCGCAUUAUUGACGACUUACAUACAUUAUUAUCUGCCACAGGAAACUACAUUGGCGUAGAUGGAAGGACUGGUAAAAAACCUGGAAAUAGUACAUCUGACCAUAGUAUCGCUCAAGUUAAGGCACAUAUCGAUUCUUUUCCCCGAUAUUGCCGUCGAGACACGAAAAUGAUUAUACUUAUCAUCGGAUUUAAACAUUUGUAUAAUCCAUCGUUUAUAUCAAGAACAAAAUGUGGGUGCACCGGUGUCCUAUUACGUGUAUAA